AACCACUUUGGCCCCUAAACAAGAACCUCCCAGUAAACAUGACAGCAGUAUAUUUUUCACUUGCCCUUUCUGACCCCACCAGCACUGAAUUCAAAACUCUUGAACAAUCAGUCAUAAAGACUUGUACUUCGAUAUACCAAAAACAAUUUGGAAGAAAAUUUAAACUAUGCAAAGUCAAAAAGUUCAGGGCCAUACCUUCACGAGCAACUGGAACUGAAGCAACAAUUGAGGUUGUGUUUGAUAGUACUACUCCUAUUGCAGAUCUCCCAGAGAAUAACGUUGUUGCUCAAGUCUUAGUAACAGCUGUGAGUGAUCCCAACAAUACCUUCGAUGUGAGAAUAGAUCCGGGAUCAGUAAAAGUAGUAGAAGGUCCAGUUCCAACUACAGCACCUACAACUGCUGCAUCUACAACGGCUGCACCUUCAACUACUGUAUCCACUACUGCUGCAUCUACAACUGUAGCACUCACGAUAGCUAGGGUGUCCUUCAGAUCUGUUCAAAGCACAUUUACAGACGACUUGCUGAAUCCAUCAUCCACAGCUUUUAAAAAUCGAGAAGCAUUGAUAACUGGACAGCUUCAACCUGUCUUCAAAAGGACAUUCUCCUCCUUCAGUUCUUUGAAAGUGGUGUCAUUCAGGAGUGGGUCAGUCAUCAACACCAUGGACCUUAGCUUUGUAAGCACACUUUCUCCUAAUAACACUCAGAUUUCAAGCACUUUGAUCAACGCAGCUUCAAACAUCAACGGCUUCGACAUUGAAGGAAGCUCCAUCACCGUGAAUGGCAUCUCUUCGGGUGGAGUAAGCCACAAAAUCAGUCUUGUCACUGCAUCCUGCGUGGUACUGUUGUCAUGGCUACUGUAAAGAAAGUAAUAACAUCUGUGGUGAUUCCAUUUUAAUUUAAAGUCAUGACUGAUCUGACAAGGGAACCUUAUAUCCAAAAUUCAUUAUUGCCUUAAGGCUUUGACAGCUUCAGAUAAAUUUACUAUGAAAUGUAACUUUGCAAAACAUGUAGAGAGGUAAACUAUUGUGCAAUAAUAAAUAUAGGA